UUGUAGAGCUUCAUUUCAAUCGGAGACGAUCAUAAUAACACUCCAUUCUCCAAAGUCCAAAGUCCAAUGGCCUCCUCUCCAGUGAAGUGUUCUUCGUACAAAAAGUACGAGAUCAGGCGAAGAAAUCCCGACCGUAGAUCCGCCGCACUCUUAGUGAUCGACGUUCAGAAUUACUUCUCCUCCAUGGCCAAACCCAUCCUCCCCAGCCUCCUCUGCACCAUCCGCCUCUGCCGACGGGCCUCCAUACCCGUCUUCUUCACGCGCCACUGCCACAAAUCCCCCGCCGACCACGGCAUGCUCGGCGAGUGGUGGAACGGCGACCUCAUCCUUGACGGCACCUCGGAGGCCGAGCUCAUGCCCGACCUCGACCGCCGCCCCGACGACGUCGUUCUGGAGAAGACCACCUACAGCGCUUUCCAGGGCACGCGCCUCGAGGAGAUCCUGAGGGAGCGGCGCGUGGAGGAGGUGAUCGUGACGGGCGUGAUGACGAACCUCUGCUGCGAGACGACGUCGCGUGGGGCGUUUGUGAAGGGGUUUAGGGUUUUCUUCUCGACGGACGCGACGGCCACGGCCAACGAGGAGCUGCACGACGCCGCUUUGAAGAAUCUGGCCUACGGGUUCGCUUACUUGGUUGAUUGCGACAGGCUUCAGGAGGGGCUUUUCGGUAUGAGAUGUUUGCACACUUUGGCCUAAACUUAAAGCAGGUGGUUUUGAGGUGCUCUGUGUCCUUUUUAGCCAAGUAGCAACUCAUAGGAUUUGGAAGUUUUUUAUGUGUUAGCAUGGGCGGUAUG